AUGGGUGACUCGACGGCAAUGACUAUAGAGUUCCUUCGUGCUCGCUUACUUUCUGAAAGAUCCGUUUCAAGAUCUGCGAGACAGAGGGCUGACCAAUUGGCUAAACGGGUUAGUUCAUCAAAUUUCUGGUCUUCGACAUUCCUCGAUUACCCAUCGUUGUUUCCUUUCUGUAAGAUUCAAUCAAAUCUUAUACUUCUACAUCGUCUUGGACUAAUUAGGUCCUGGAACUGGAGGAACAGCUGAGGGUUGUGACCUUUCAGAGGAAGCAAGCCGAAAAGGCAGCCAAUGAGGUUCUUUCCAUCUUGGAGUCUCAGGGGAUCAAUGACUUCUCGGAGGUAAUGGAUUCGUGGUCUGAUCAAGAAAAUGCUCCGGAUGAGGGUAAAUGUUGCAACGAAAACUGUGGUGAAAAUUUAAAGGACGAUGAAGCUUCAAUGGCCUCAAUAAUGGAUGGAGGUGAAGUGGAGGAUGGAAUGUCAGGAUCAGAAGUUAACAUUUCUCCCUCUCAGGGGGGAGGCCUGUCGUGGAAAUCUCGUGCGAAUAGUUCAGAUUCGUUGGAUAAAAGGAAAGAAGACCAAGCUAGGCGGAGACAGAGACGGAACUUCAUAUCUAGGAUUGGAUCCUCUCCACAGCUUCAUCUGGGGAAAUCUUGCAGGAAGAUUAAGACCAGUGUGGACAUGAGGUCUGUUUCUGAACAUUAUCUUAAAUGGAAGAUUAGGUCGUUCGAAUUUCUGAAAACUUUUCACUUGUUGUUGUUGUUGUUAUUGCUACUAGGAGAGAAAAAGAAAACGCAGGGAGCGAGGCCUCUCAGACAGAGCUCACCUCCGAUUGUCCAGAUGAUGAGGUUCAAUUGUCGAAGGAAAUUAAUGACGUUGUACAGGAGAGAGUUGAUGAGAAUUGCUUGCGACCCUCUGAAAAUCAGAAAGGAGAUCUUGAUGUUGAUCCUCUUGCGAAUGGUUUUGGGAGAGAUGAAGCAAUGGAAGCAGCUAUCGAGCAGCAGGACCAGCUCAUUGUGCAGUAUAUGGCUGAAGAAAAUGCACAGAGGGAAUGGGAGCAGAAGUACGAGGUGAAUAGAAGCUCUACGUUUGUAUGUACACCCUUUUCCUGUGUUUGGCUUUUCAUGUCUUAUGACGAAAUGAACAUGGUGCUCUCGUACGCUCUAAGAUAAGUAGAUUAUAUGGGCGAAUCUCUCGUACGAAAUGAACACCCUCUCCGUUCCCUCUGCUACACUUCCUUGUCUCAACUUCUUCUUUCAGUUCAUCUUUUCAUUGCCGUCGUUUCCUUUUGUGCUUUAGGACUUCCUUAUCAUCGUAAGCUUUGUUUUUUUUUUUUUUUUGGUCUCUUGUUCCGAGUUCAUUCAGUUUCAGCUAAUUAUUAUUAUUAUUUUCACUGCUAUUAUUAUUAAUUUGGGGUCUUUGUGGGGAGGGGGAGAGAGAGAGAGACAGAGAGAGAGAGAGAGAGGGGGGGGGGGUGAGGUUGCUAUGAAAUCAAUAAGCUUUAGCAGACUUUUCAUCAAUAUUCAAAUGUUGUCACCAUUUUUUAUAAUCUUCUAUCAUAUGGGAUAUUUGCUUCAAAAUCUUUCAGAAUCCGUGUGAGCAAAAGGAGAAGAUGAUCGAUGCUACACAAGAUAGGGAUGCACCUGUUGAAGACGCUGAUGAGCCCUUUUCCUACAAAGAGACAAUUUGCGAGCCACAAGGGGAGCCGAUUGGUCCUGCCUAUGAGACGGAUGCACCUGCUGAAGAGGAUACCCUUUCCCGCAACCAGUUAACAGAGGGGAGCAACGAAGGAGACUCUAUCCUGCAGGAAGACCCGACAUCACCUAGUGGAGAAACUCCCACCGACAUGGUUCCAGCUGCUGCGGCAGCUGUCGAUAUAAGCGCCAGCGAUGCACGCCCGCCGCCUGUUCAUGCGGGGAGGAUGAUGACGGAUCAGCGAGGCAAUGGGACGGCAGCUGGUGGAUCCAAAGCUGGCCUUGAGGAAUCUGAAUUCCAUGACUCACCGACCGGUCCUGCAGAAACACGUGAGCAAAGAUGCCCCGAGCCCAUCGGCGGCAAGGAUGAGGACUCAAAAUCACCGCUUUUCCUGGAGGAACCCGCCGGAAACGAGAGCAGCCCUUCCUCCUCGCCGUCGCGCGGCGGAGCUUUCAAGGGAGAAGAAUGGUCGCUGGUCCAGAAUCCCAUCCACAGAGGCCUUACUGAUCCGCCGAGAGAUGGAGCGGGGAACGUGUUGGGAGCCCUCCAGCGCGCGAGGUUAAUGCUGAGGCAGGAGCUGAGCAGAUUCGAGGCACCACCACCUCCGCCACAUCCGUGGGCAGAGCCUGCGCCGCUGGCCCUCGGACCCGGCGGCGACUCCGUGGGCAUCCCCUUUGGCCCCGCCGCUCUCUUCAGACUGCCCUCCGACGUCUCUCUGAAAGCCGAGUCGCACGGACUCGGCAUGUCCUCCUCCCUCCAAUCGUAUGGCAGAUUUGGGGAGGGGUUCACCACCGUAAGCACCCACACGGAGAGCAGAACCUCUGUGACCGCCUCUGUCAGUCGCAACCUCGCCGGCAGGACGACCGCGCCGCCCGCAUUCACCACCAGGUAUUCCUCCUCCUUCGCCAUGGCGGACAUCGCCGCGGGGACCGCCCCGUACGGCGGACUUCCGAGCUCCUUCUACGCCGGCGGCGCAAGCAGCGGCGGCUACAGCAGGAGCUUAGAUCGGCCGAGGCGGUGA